AUGUCGACUCAUCCCAGGCCUACGCUGUCGCUGCCAGCUCAUGCCGUUCAAGACGGUACCAUCUACUACAUUCCCAACUGGAUUUCAGUCGAAGAAGAGUCCAGCGUCCUCGAUCAAGUGCAUGCAGCGGCGCCGUCGGCGUGGGUGCAGCUUAAGUACCGGCGCCUGCAGGUCUGGGGUGGCAGCGUCACAACGACAUACGAGCCGGAGCCACUGCCUCGCUGGCUGCAGGCGCUGUCGAGUGGCCUCGUGGAAGCCGGUGUCUUUGCGGCCAGCGAGACACCCAAUCACGCGCUCAUCAACGACUAUGCUCCUGGCGACGGCAUCUUGCCGCACGAAGACGGCCCGAUGUACUACCCGCUCGUAGCCAUUCUGAGUGCGGGCGCAUCUGGGCGCAUGACGUUCCAGCGCCAUCGUGAGACGACGCCAAACGAUGUCCCGGUUCAUUUGACGCUCGACCGACGCAGCCUCUUGGUCUUCACGGGCGAGGCGUACACCAAAUACCUCCACAGCAUCGACAACGUCGAUGACGAGCACGGCGUCAACCAUCGCAUCUCGCUCACGAUCCGCCACGUCCGUCCACCGUCUACGGCGUGCUAA